AUCUUUUCCCCUCGCCUGGGUUUUCUGCCUUUUGCCUCUUUUUCAGUUCUUUUAUUUUUUUUUAUUCUCACAAUUAUUUUUUUUUAAAUAUUCUUUCCGUAUUUUUUUACUUUCUUUUCAAACCCAAACACUGCUUUUUUUUUUAGGGUUGCUUUCUUCUUCACAACUCCUUUUCUCUUCUUUGCUCUGCUAAACACUUUUGCUUUCAAUGGCUGAUUUCAAUUCCUCUCCUUCACCUUCUGCUGCCGCUGCCGCUGCUGCUUGUUCUUCGUUCGAGAAGCCGAUUGCGUUAACGGCAGCUUCAUGUUCGUCGCCGGCGUCUUCUAUCGGAGGAGUACUUGACGACGGUGUCGAAGACGGCUGCUGUAUAUGUCUAGAGCCUUUCACUGUACAAGACCCUACCACUGUUACUAGUUGCAGACAUGAAUAUCACCUUCAGUGCAUUCUUGAAUGGUCACAAAGAAGCAAAGAGUGUCCAAUAUGUUGGCAGUCAUUUGUCCUGAAAGACCCUGCCAGCCAAGAGCUUCUAGAUGCUGUCAGAAUUGAAAGGCACUGCAGGUCAAGGAACCCAUCUGCUGUGGCCACAGAUUUGCAUCAUUUCCAUGACAGUAUUGGUGUUGAGGAGGAUACAUUUCAUUCAGAUGAUUCAGACUUUGAUGAACGCAUUUUGCAGCAUCUAGCACUUGCUGCGAGCAGAGCUCGUUAUAUUCGCAGAAGGGAAAGACAGAGAUCUUCUGGACUUGGCCCUUCUCGAGUUCUUUUUUCUACCUCUCCUGAAAACAUGCCAGGCACACUGCACAUAUAUCCAAAUUCACCAGAUGAAUGCCAAAACUUGAGUCAUGGGUUACCCCAGUGUGAUUCACUGGCUUCAGGCAUACCAUCAGUUAAUAUUAGCCCUCUGUCACCUGUUACCCCGUCUGUUAAUAUGGUCUCUAGUUCUACUGCAAGUGGAGAUAAAGCUGUUAAACCGAGUCAGCCACAACUGGGUACUCCACAUCGAACAAGCUCAUCUGAAACAGUCUCUUUCUCAGAGUCUAUAAAAUCUAAAUGGUUCACUGCUUCAGCCAGAUACAAGGAAACAAUUUCUAAAGGUACCAAAGGUCUCAAAGAGAAGCUUCUUGCUCGUAAUAACUCUGUUAAGGAGCUCAGCAAGGGAGUGCAGCGUGAGAUGACUGCUGGGGUUGCAAAAAUGAUUGAGCGCCUAGAUAUUUCAUCAAAAAGAUCUGGAGCCUCUGUACCUGCUUCUGGUGGCACAGGCAGUACCUCAAAUAUUUUAUUUAAGGGAAAGGGUGUGCAAGAUAAUGUUUUUGCUCAGAAUCUUACUAACAACAACGUAGAAUUUGUACGUGGUUUAAAUUCAGAGGCCCCAUCUUAUCCUUCUCGUAUCAUGCCUGACAAACUAGAAGCUUCUCACCCACAGAGGGAUCACUGAUGCAUAUGGCAUAAGCAUCUGCCGAUUGGUGGUGACAGUUUAACAUUUUCACAAUGGGAAGGGUUCAAUGCAAGUGACGUUCGGUUGCGUGUUGUCUCUGCGUCCUGCAUUGCUUAUUUCUUUAUUUGUGCCAAAGAAGUUGCAAUUUGGAUGGCAUGCCAUAUUAAUAUAACCCUCCUUUUGUUUCCUCACAAUAUUUCAUGUUGUCAUAAACAACUCUUUAGGAAAAGUGUUUUAUUUUGUGUUGUUUGCAUUUUGAUUUAUUUUACACACAACACAAGCUUGACAUUCAGCCUUUUUUAUUUGAAUUGGAAAAUUGUUGUUA